AUGCCGUACACCACCAUCUCUACCACAGGCCACCGGAUCCACUACACAGACUACCCGCCCACCAGCUCCGACACGUCAUCCUCAAAGCAAACACUAGUAUUCGUUCACGGCCUGGGCUCAACGCAGAACUACUGGCUGCCCAUUAUCCCCGGCCUGACCAAACGUGGAUUCCGGUGUCUGGUGUCGGACAACUGGUUGGCGGGGCGGAGUGUGCCGGGUGAUGAAAAGGGGUGGGAGAAGGCGGUGAAGGAGGGGACCAGUGUUGAGACGAUUGGAAAGGACUUGUUGGGGUUGAUGGAUGUAGUCGGGGUGGACAGGGGGAUUAUUAUCGGAUACAGCAUGGGCGGAAUGCUCCCGACCUAUCUCGCGGCUACAGCACCCAGUCGCGCAGUAGCCGGCAUCUGCGUCGGCCCCGUGCAUCCCCAAGAGGCUGUAGCAGAGGUCUUCAGGCAGAGAGUGCCUGUGGUGCAAAAAGACGGCAUCGAAGCAAUGGCAAACACCAUCCCAACCCGCGCCGUCGGCUCUGCCACAACGCCCCUCCAAGUCGCCUUCAUCCGCGAGAUGGUCCUCGGCCAGGACCCCCGAGGCUACAUCGCAAAUUGCGGCGCCAUCGAGCACGCUACACCGCCUGAGUAUGCCAAAGUCGAGUGCCCGAUCUUGAUAAUUGCAGGAGACGAGGAUAAGAGUGCGCCAAUCGAGGGCUGCAAGACGAUCGCGGCGGGCCUGACGAGCGUGGAGGAGUCGAAGAAGAAGAUCGAGGUACUGAAGGGUGUUGGGCAUUGGCAUUGUGUGGAAAAGGGAGAGGAGGUUGAGAAGCUGAUCGGGGAAUUUUGCAAUGGACUGUAG